AUGGGGUCCUCUCAGCUUGUCCGUGCCCCUCGGCCUCGGGGCAUGAGUUCUCCAUACCGAAGGCCAGGUAUGGGUGGGUCCAGGCGCAAGUGUUCCAGGAUGUUCAAGUAUAGCCGCAGAACAUACCGGCAGAAACCCCGAGGCCCAGCUACCACCAAUCUUGCCACUAUGCCCACAAACAUCAAUGACACCACCAGUGUGUGGAUCCUCUCACCUCAAGUACUCAGACACCUCUGUCAACCUGGGGGCUUUCUGAUCCUCUAGAAAUGCCCAGAAGCUUGGCUUGCACUGGACCUGCUCUUCCAGAGGGCUGUUGGUGGUAAACAGCAAAUACAAUCAUUCU